UGGGAAGUAACGCUCUGUCACAGCUUGCUGGAUAUUGAAAUUCCGAUCCGCGCAGGUACCGAGGUUUGCGUCGAUUUUCUCAUCAUGGUUGUCUUUGGUCUCUGGGUAAUCAACAAAGCUGGUGGACUGGUCUAUCAGCGCAAUUUUACAGAUGGCCUUGCUCAGCUCACAUCAAACGAAUAUCUCGUUCUCGCUGGGACUUUGCAUGGCAUCCAUGCCAUUACUAGCCGUCUCUCGCCCACAGGACCUAGCUCAGGGGCUCAAGUCAUCGAGGGAGAGUCCUUCAAACUGACGAUUCUACUCACAGUCACGGGGACUAAGUUCGUUCUGUUGACACCGUUGGUGGGGGCAGCCGCGGAAUCUACCCUACAAAAGGUGUACGAGAUCUAUUCAGACACGGUCAUGAAAAAUCCCUUCCAUACGCCAGAGAUGCCAAUCCGCAUUGAUGGUUUUGACUCUCGCAUAACUGCGCUCCUUGGAUCUGGACAAUCAUAAGCACCGUCAGCAGUGCACUGCCGUAGUAUACGAGGCAGCUGAAGGAUUAUAUAUGUCUGCUUGACCACUACAAAGAGCUACAUACUGUUUUCUCGACCACGUGACACUAGCUUUGCGCGCGAUUUUGAAACCACCAACAAGUGUCCACUUCUCUGUUCAUCAUCACCUUGCGAUUCCGACCUGCAUUUAUGCGAUGCAAGCUCAAGCACCUUCGACAACCAGCGGCGUCGAGACCCUAUGCAGCAACGUGAGCCUGCAGUGUGUCGAGACACUUCUCAGAGCUGGCCUUGGCUGCAUAGCAUACUUGAGGCAAGAAAAGCUUCUGUUCGAUGCUUGCUUACCGUUGAAGAGAAG